AUGCUUUACAAAGGAAUUUCGGAUCUUGAUUGGUCUUUUGUUCUGUGUUUCUGCUUGACAAUCUUGGUUGCAACUUGCGGAUAUUGUGGUCUUCGCAGACUCCUUAAGUGUGACCCACAACAUCUGGACCAAAGGACUUCUCAACAACUGUCAAAGAACAAGUCAUCACAAGUCGUCAAGACCCGGCUAAUAGCCUCGCAAUCUGAACCGAGACUGAGCAAACAUCCGAAGAUGAGUCGAGAUCGCGAAUUUCUGACUCAUCUACCCUCUCGUGUGAAGAAGCUGCAUGAGAAGAUGAACCUGUCCGAAAUGAGUCCCUCGGAGCGAAGGGCCGAGAUGACCGCACGAAGCGAGCAAAUGGCCGCCAUCCUCUCCCUCAUGCAACAGAGGCCGGACCAAUUUGGACAGGUCUCUUACGACGACUUGCACUCACAAAUGUCCACCUUCUACACUGUCUCUCCAGUUGCUUAA